GUCUCGCCGUCUCCUCGUCACGCGUGAGAUGGACCCCGCCCUAGAGAAAAAGAAGCGAGAGUACGAGGCCCAGAAAGCGCGGACCAAGGAACUCCUAGCCCUCAAAACAUGCACAAUCUGUGGUGAGCUCUCUAAGCUCCGAUGUCCGUGCAAAACGACCGCCUACUGCUCUGUGGCCUGUCAAAAGGUCGACUGGCGCGAGCGGGGCCAUCGGAAGGUGUGCAAGCAGAUUCGGGCCCCGGCGCCGACGCCCCCGUCGUCACCGCCGAAGCAGGUCUUCUACGGCCCCGCGCCGCGGUCGCACGCCGACGAGGUUCGCGCCCGCAUCGCCGCGGAGCACGAGGCCGCCCGCGCGCGGCGCGAGGCGAACCCGGAGCACGAGCCGACGUCGGCGCGAUUCGGGGCGCGGUGUCCGAUCUGCUACGAAGACUGGGAUGUGAAUAUCCCGAGAACGUCGCUUAUGUUCUGUUGUUGCCGGCGGAUAUGUACGUCGUGUCAUGAGCAGCUAGUAAAAAAACCAUGUGCUCUCUGUGGCGCGCCCUGGCCAAUUUCUGUCAAAGAGUGUCUGGUUCGGCUCCUUCGCCAUGUUGACAACGAUGUUCCAGAAGCGCUGCAUAAGCUGGCAGGUGCAUACCUCCAUGGCAAACUCGGUCUCAAGAAGUCCGGGAAGAAGGCCGUGAGGCUCUACCAGCGCGCGUCCGACGCUGGAGUGGUCGAGGCGAUGUUGGAUCUGGGACGCUUGUACGACAAAGGCGACGGUAAUGAACGGCCGGUCAGACUGGACAGGACGAAAGCGUUGGAGUUGUUUCGGAUGGCCGCGGACACUGGGAGCUCGAGCGGGCAGUACUUUCUUGCUCUUUGCCUCAUGACCCGUGGACUUGAUGAUCAAGAAACGGAUGAAGCAGAAAGGAAGGAGUCAUUCCGAUUCAUGAAGCUCAGCGCAGAGCAAGGCAAGAUGGCCGCCCACCUGCUUCUCGCCCGAAUGUACCUUACCGGCUUCGGCGUGGACAAAGACUUGGUGCAGUCGUCGUUGCGGCCGAAGUCCGGGUCCGCGGUCGCGCGCGUGCCCGCGUUGCUGAGCUUGAGGAUGCGCGCGACGGUGACGGCCGUGUCGCGCUUCACCGCCGCGUCGCAGCUCCCGUCGUCGCCGCACGCCAUCGCGACGCGCAUCGCGGCCUGGAGCAGCGGCGUGCGCUGGUCCGGCGGGCGCUUCGACGCCUGGACCUUGACCUCCGUCGCGUCCUGGCGCACCAUGGCGUCGACGAAGCGCGCGGCCGUCGCCGUCGACGGCAAGGGCGACGCCGAGCCCGCGGCGCGCUGCUGCCCGCGCGCGGAGCGCGACGCGGAGACGGGCGACGCCAUCUACUACCCCAUGUGCGGCGGCCGCGUGCCGGCGCGGCGCUACCAGUGCGGCAUCGCGGUCUGCGGGCCCGGCGGCUGCGCGCUGUGCUGCGCGUCGCUCUGCCUGCGGUCCGUCGUCGGCGCCGCCGCCGCUUCCGCGCUGUCCGGGGUCGGCUGCGCCAUGGCGCCCCUCGGCCUCGGCCUCGUCUUCGCGUCGAACGCCGAGGUCCGGCGCUGGCGCGAGGCGGACGGCGACGACCGCGUCAUCCUCCAGGCGACGCACGACUACCUGGACCGGCCGAGCCGGUGGACGCACGCGCCCGGCGGGCCCGCGCCGGCGCUGAUCCGGGCCUGCCGCGCGGAGGCCGUCUGGGCCGCCUUCGUCGCGGACCUGCACGCCCGCGUCGCGCGGGUCCACCGCUACACGCGCUGGCGCCUGCCGCUCGUCUGCGCGCCGGCGCUCGGUGUCGUCGGAUUGAUCCUGCUGCCGCCGUCGCCCUUCGUCGUCCUCUACGUGCUCGCGCUGCUCGCGCUGGGCUGCGCGGGCAUCUACGUCGCCCUCGAGAUCAGCGCGGCGCAGCGGCGGUCCCUCGUCGACGCCUGGCACGGCCGCUUCGAGGCCGCGGGGAUCCACGUCUUCCUCAAGCAGCACGACGUCGGCCGGGGCCGCCAGGCGCUGACGCACCAGUGGAUCGAGCUCAACCGCCUCGGGACGCUGUCCCACAGCGCGGGCCGCGUCGUCCACUCGCCCCACCUCGACGGCGGCGCGGUGGAGGCGGUCCCCGCGGGCGACGACGCGCCGGCCGCGGCGCACCACGUGCCCUUCGCCCACGCGCGCGUCGUCGCCGACGCGGGCCGCCGCGCGCCGUCGGCGAGGGUCCACCCGGGCGACGCGCGCUACUACGUCGACGAAGACUCCAGCAUGGUCUUCACCGCCGAGCUCGCGGCCAUGGCCUUGUUCGGCGCCGGCUUCGGCGUCGCGGCCUGGGCCAUCGACCGGCGCGCGUUGUCGGGCAUGUACUGCGCCGGGUCGCGCGUCGAGACGAGCCUGUGCCGGGGCGCGUCGGUGCUGCUCGUCGCCGCGGCCGCGCGCGUCGCCGCUGCGCUACCGCUCGCGGAUUUCGAGCUCUUCGCGCACGGGCCCGCGCGCCUCGUCAGCGGCGCCGUGCCCGUCGUGCCCUUCGCCCGCGACGGCGCCCAGGGCCACGCCGCGGCCUGGGUCGGCGUCGCCUGCGCGGCGUUCCUGACGCACCGCUUCGCGACGGCGGUCGCGACGCGGUCCAUGGUCGACGGCGCGCUCCGGCCGUCCGCCGUCGCGUUCCUCGCCUGCGGCCUCGCGGGCCUCGCCGUGUCGUCGCUCCUCGCGCGCGCGCGGCGCUUCGCCACGGGCGUCCUCGUCCUCGGCCACAUCCUCGCGACGCUCGCGGCCAUCCGGCCGCGCGCGCCGUCGCCCGCGGCCGUCGCGGCGCUCCAGGGCCUCGCGUUCCCCUGUGCGGCGCUCCUCGCGGCCGCGCUCGCGCUCCGCGCGGCGCUCCUGGGCCUGCCGGGCGCGCGCGACAGCGACGCCGCGCCGAACCACGGCGGCGGCGCGGUCCACCUCCAGUUCUGCGAGGAGCCCUACGCCUACUCGUCGCUCGCGGCCCAGGCCUGCAGCCUCGCGUGCCACCUGCCCUACGUGCCCGCGCUCGCGGCCGCGUCGCCGCGCUUCCGGGCGCUGCUCUGCGGGCGGGACGUCCCCGAGAUCCCCGGCGCCGCGCGGCCCUGCGUGGGCCUCCUCGUCGCGCUCGCGGCAUGGACGGCCUUCGGCCACUACGUCCCGGACCCGCGCGCCUACGCCGUCGCGGAGGUGUCCAUCGCCCUCGCGCUCGCUUGGUUCGCCUUCACGUUCCGCGCCACGACGCCCUCGCUCCGGCGCGCGCCGGGGCCGGCCUUCGCCGCGGGCGCCGCGGCGCUCCUCGCGCUCGGGGCCUUCGCGUUCGCGUGCUUCGGGCUCGUCACGCUCAUCUUCGCGAACGCGCUCCUGCCGCUCGCCGCGUACAAGUUCGGCCUCGGCGCGCUCGUGCCGCCGGCGACGCGCGCGCGCCUCGCGGGCCUCAUGGUCCUCGCCGUCGCGACCAUCGUCGUCGAGGGCACGUUCUGCGCCGCGCUCGUGCGCGUCAAGCCCCUGCCCUACCACGCGGCCUUCGACCUCCUCUUCUUCCAGGUCCUCGCCACCGCCGCCCUCCGCGCGACGCUCCUCGCCGCGGACAAGGACGCCCACUCGCGCAAAAAACACCGCUGCCGUCGUCGACGCGCUGAGCCGGCCAUGGGCAAGAAGACCAAGGACACGGUGCUGGAGUGCAAGAACCUGUGCUUCAGCUACAAGAACCACAGCGACGAGUUCUCGCUCAAGUCCGUCGAGCUCGGCCUCUUCCCCGGCCGCUGCCUCGGCGUCAUCGGCCUCAAUGGCCAGGGCAAGUCGACGCUCUGCAAGGUCCUGAGCAAGGCGAGGAUGUACGGCGGCGGCGACGUCGACUUCAAGCCGUCCAAGGGCAAGGUCUUCUACCACCCGCGCGACAGCGAGAAGUUCGAGCGCCUCGACCCGUACCAGGGCACGCUCGUCGCCGCGGUCAUCGUCGGGUUCUGCCUCACGAGCUUCCUCGCGAUCACGCUGGGCCCGUCGGAGGUCGACGAGGGCGCCGCGGUGGAUUUGGCGUCGCUCCUGUGGCUCGCGGGGCUCGUGGUCAUCUCGUACGGCGUGGACGUCGCGAUGCGGCGGACGCUCGACGGAAACUACCGGGGCCGCGUCGUCUACUGCUCGACGGAGCACGACCUGGCGAAGCACGUGCUCAAGGACGCCUGGGGCCUGAACGAGGCCAUCACGGGUUCGUUGAAAGGCGCUUUGACGGAGGACGAGCGCCUCGCGCUGUGCGAGCGGCUCCUCACGUGGGCGGGCUUCCGCAUGUUCAAGCAGGACGACUCGGGCGACGAGUACGGCGACCCCUACACCUUCGCGCGCGACGCGGCCCUCACCUGCGGCGCCCUGAGCGGCGGCCAGCGCCACCUCGUCUACUUCCUCCGGUGUUUGGCGCCGUGCUUCUGCCCGAAGCGCGAGCGGUUCCUGCCCGUCUGCCUCUGGCAGAAGCAGUCGCCGAGCCGCGUCGACGUGCUUCUGUUGGACGAGGCCUUCAACUGCCUCGACGCCCACGUGCGGCCCCGGGCGCUGCGACUCGCGCGCCACUGCGUCGACGCGUUCGGCGUCUCCGUCGUCGUCGUGUGCCAGAACCUGCACGAGAUGGCGGCGAUCUGCGACGACGCCUGCUGCGUCCACGGCGGCGCGCUCGUCGAGGCGCCGCGGCCCGUGCGCGAGCUCGCGGCCGUCGCGGGGCCCGCGGCCGCGAAGCUGCACGCGGACGCGCGGACGUACGUCGACGCCUACUGGGAGCUCGAGCGCGACGUCCGCGAGCGCGACGCGGCCGCCGCGCGGCUCGCCGUGUCGGCCUACGCGGCGGCGGCGGGCGAGGAGCUGCGCCGCGCCGUCGCGUCGCUGCCGCCCGUCGCGGCGCUCGGGCCGCCGUGGGACGGCGCGGUCCUCGCGCGCGGCGACGCGGUGCGCAUCGACGGCCUCGGCGCCCAGCGCCGCUUCAACGGCAAGAAGGGCCGCGUCGUCGGCGAGCUCGGCGAGGGCGCGGCCCACCGCGUCAAGGUCGCCCUACCGGACGGCCAGUCCCUCGCGGUCCGCCGGUCGAACCUCGCCAAGGUCGCCGACGCCGCCCCCGCGGACAAGAAGCGCGACUAGUGGGGGGUCGUUUUUUAAGCGCCACUCGGCCGC